AUAUGGAACCACGGCUUUUACCCUCAGCCAACGUUCUCUCUAUCCGAUUAUUCAUGCAAUUAAUGACUGAAUGAACCGAAAAGAUAGUACGAUAUCAGCAAGUCUCGUUCAAGGAACGGUCAGUGCGCGCAGUUUGUUUACCAAACGCACUGGCGCAAGCUUGCCGAACCGCAGGAUACAGCGCAGCCAUAAUUUGACAGCUCGACAAUGUCUGCCUCGGCCGCCAGAGAUCCUGUUGUGAAAACGAAGCAUGUUCGUUUCGCUAGAAUGGAGGAGGAUGAUAAUAACGAUGACCAAGAGGAACAUACUCUGUUUGACAAGAGGAAAGACACGAGGCGAGGGGUGAAGAGUGUAAUGAAAGGGAGGAAGAGGAGUUCGAAUUCGGGGUUCGAUGGUGAGGUUGAGAUAAUCGGUGGAGUUAGCAGCGCCAGCGGUUCUGGAGGCUACAGCCGCUGGAUCAUCACCUUGGCGCUCUGUGCAUCAUUCCUCGGACUGGGGAUGUGUAUCUCUGUUUUAGGCCCCACGUUUCAAGACCUGGCCAUCAACGUCAACCAGGACAUCAGCAAUAUCUCCUACAUCUUCAUAGGCCGCUCCAUGGGCUAUAUAGGUGGCUCUGUGUUGUCAGGGAUUCUCUUUGACUGCAUGAACAGCCUUCUGCUGCUGGGCCUCUCCAUGUUGGUGACAGCGUUUGGGAUGUUUGCAAUCCCUUUCUCUAAGACAGCCCUUCUCCUCACUGCUCUGAUGUCCAGUAUUGGAGUUUCUAUGGGCUUUCUAGAUACAGGUGGUAAUGUCCUGAUCCUGCAGACGUGGGGGGAUCAGGCUGGCCCCCACUUGCAGGCCUUGCACUUCAGCUUCGCCGCAGGGGCCUUUGUCUCGCCCAUCAUCGCCAAGCUGCUCUUUGGAACAGACUUGGACCUGGAUGUGGCUACGAACGGCAGCAUGGCAGCCUCGCUGGCAACAUCAACCACCCUGGCAACAUCAACCUCCCUGCCCGGCAACAUCAACCUCUCCGCCAAACUCAACCUUCCCUCCAUGUGGGCCUACAUUGUGAUCAGUGGUUUCAUCCUGUUAAUCUCCCUCCUCUUCUUCAUCCUCUACGCCCGCCACAGGCCCUCUCAGGGCAGGGCCCAGACCCCCUCAGGGAAGCCCCUGGUGUCCAAGCAUCACAACGCACUCAUCGCCAUGCUUUUUGUAUUUUUCUUCUGGUACGUGGGGGCCGAGGUGGCGUACGGCUCCUUUAUCUUCACAUAUGCUAAGGAUUAUAUCCAUAUGGACGAGGCCCAGGCAGCAGGGCUCAACUCCCUGUUCUGGGGGACAUUCGCUGCCUGCCGGGGCCUGGCCAUCUUCUUUGCGCCCUGCAUGCACCCAGGCACCAUGAUCCUACUGAGCCUGGUGGGCUGCACCCUGUCCUCCCUGUUCCUCACUCUCUUCAACAGGAACAGGGUGGCCCUGUGGCUCUGCACUGGUGUCUACGGUGCCUUCAUGUCGACCACUUUCCCCAGUGGGAUCUCCUGGGUGGAGCAGUACACCACAGUGACUGGUCGCUCAGCGGCAGUUUUCGUGGUGGGGGCGGCCCUGGGGGAGAUGGUCCUGCCCGCCCUGAUGGGCUUCCUGAUGGGGAGGAUCCAUGGUCACCCCCUGCUGAUGUACCUGACCCUGGCCAGCGCUACCAUCACCUCCAUCCUCUUCCCCUUCAUGUUCUGGCUGGCCUCGUCCCCCAGCGGCCCCAGCAGGACACCCCGCAUCAGGGGCCGCAAGGAGCCUGACGACAGCGAGUACCGCCAAGGCCUGCUGGACUCAGGAGCCAAUGAUGAGGAAGAGGAGCAGCAGGAGGAUGACGAGGCAGACCAGUGGAAUGACGCCGACUUUGAGGUAAUCGAGAUGGAUGACGCCAGCCUUAUAAACUCUCAGAAUAAAGCAUUGUUAUCAUCUCAUAGCAAAGCGCUCUCAUUAUCUCCUAAUAAAGCAUUGUCAUCUCCUAACAAAGGGCUCCCACCACCUGAUGUUGCUGGAACUUCAGGCGACAUCAGCGCCACAUCUGUCCCGUCCACUACCCAGUCCCUAGAGCCCACAGUUGGGACCUCUUUCUCAGACACUCCCGCUCUGAUCGGGGACUCACCCAGAGGGAAGAUGCUGCUUUCCCUGGACCGGGAGAAGAGAGACUAGGGGCUUUAUUCAAACCAUAUCGUUGAAAUUCAGAGUUACAGCGUGAUUGAAAUUUAAAGGCAAUGUUCCCACAUUAGCAGAGAAUGCAUUCACGGUAAAUGCUGCAUAUGUCAGCUCAAUCGAAAAUUACCUUUACAUUUCUAGUGCGCAAUCUGUAACGCUUCAGCGAUACAAAUUGAAGAGCCCUAAGCCCGGGAUUCAAUCAGAUCAGCGGUAAGGCCGGGAUUCAAUCCAAUCGCGCUUUCUAUGCAAUGGUCCUUCUAAAGGCAAUGUUCCCGCAUUCGUGUAGACCGCAUUCACAGUAAAUGCUGCAUAUGUCAGCUAAAUCGGAAAUUACCUUUUAAAUGGCACAGUCACGAAGUGCGAUCAGAAUGAAUCCCGCCUAAGGGCUCUAGUCUAGGUGUGAAAUGCACCAUCAGUGCUGUAAAGACAUUAUAUAUAUAUAUAUUACUACCAGUCAAAAGUUUGGACACACCUACUCCCCGACUCAUCCCAAACCA